AUGUUCCUGCGGAGGCCGCGGGCCCUGGCCGCCUGGCUAGCGGGCGCGGCGGCGGCGGGACGCGCGGGGGCGCGGGGCGGGGGCCUGCUAGCCCUGCUGGCCAAUCAGUGCCGCUUCGUGACGGGCCUGCGUGUGCGGCGCGCGCAGCAGAUCGCGCAGCUGUACGGCCGCCUCUACUCGGAGACCUCGCGCCGCGUCCUUCUCGGCCGCCUCUGGCGCCGGCUGCGCGGCCGCCCCGGCCAUGCCUCUGCCUUGAUGGCGGCGCUCGCUGGCGCGUUCGUGUGGGACGAGGAGAGGAUCCAGGAGGAGGAGUUGCAGAGAUCCAUUGAUGAGAUGAAGCGGUUGGAGGAAAUGUCACAUGUGUUUCAGCGCUCUGGAGUUGAACGCCACCCUUCAGAACCAAAAUCCCAGACAGAAGGGAAUGAAGAUUUAGGGGGCAAAGAGCAGCCAUGGGAAAUGGUGAUGGAUAAGAAACACUUUAAGCUGUGGCGGCGCCCUAUUACAGGCACUCACCUUUACCAGUACAGAGUUUUUGGAACCUACACAGAUGUGACACCCCGGCAGUUCUUCAACGUUCAGCUGGAUACAGAGUAUAGAAAAAAGUGGGAUGCCCUGGUAAUCAAGCUGGAAGUGAUUGAGAGGGAUGUGGUUAGUGGUUCUGAGGUUCUUCACUGGGUAACCCAUUUUCCUUAUCCAAUGUAUUCCCGGGAUUAUGUUUAUGUUCGACGGUAUAGCGUGGAUCAGGAAAACAACGUGAUGGUGUUGGUGUCACGUGCUGUGGAGCACCCUAGUGUUCCAGAGUCUCCAGAAUUUGUAAGGGUCAGAUCAUAUGAAUCCCAGAUGGUUAUCCGUCCCCACAAGUCAUUUGAUGAGAAUGGCUUUGACUACUUGUUGACCUACAGUGACAAUCCCCAGACUGUGUUUCCUCGCUACUGCGUUAGUUGGAUGGUUUCCAGUGGCAUGCCAGAUUUCCUGGAGAAGCUGCACAUGGCCACUCUGAAAGCCAAGAACAUGGAGAUCAAAGUAAAGGACUAUAUCUCAUCUAAGCCUCUGGAAACGGGUAGUGAAGCCAAGGCUACCACCCCGUCUUCAGAGCGGAAGAAUGAGGGUAGUUGUGGCCCUGCCCGGAUCGAGUACGCUUGA